AUGGCUAUCAAGAACAGUCUCUUGUUGGUGCUUCCCUUCUUGUAUGGAGCUAGUGCGGAUUGGACCACGACAGUAACUACCACGCUUGUUGUCCCCAACACCGUUACUCCUGUCGUUGACUUUGUGACACCUCCGCUGGCAAUAUCAACGCCCUCAUCGUCAACUCGAACUCCAUUGUCAUUUACGUUUGACCAUGAAAAGAGCCAUAAGCUGAAGCUUACCUCUGUCGUCACUGUGCCGGACGGCCAAAUCCCCACUGUUCAUUUCAGUCUCAUCACCUCGUCUGGGGCCGUUGAUCCAUCCGUCACUUCAUCGACUCCACCCGCCGAGGCAGGCGGGGGCUCAGAGACCGAGGAAUCUUCCGGGGCCACAUCUUCAGCCCCAACACCUGCCCCUACAAAUCCAACUGGACCAAAUGCCCCAGGCACCUCCCCUGCUAGUUACACAAGCUCCGAGCCACUCAUCCCUGGUGGAUCUACAACACUAGGCUCUGCAGGUGGAACGUCAAGCUCUGGACCAAUAAUCCCAGCCUCAGCCGGAUCAAAUACAGCAAACUCCUCUCCUAAUGGACACACAAGCUCUAAGCCACUCAUCCCUAGUGAAUCUACGACACGAGGCCCUACAGGUGAAAAGUCAAUCUCCGGACCAAUAAUCCCAGGCUCAACCGGAUCAAAUACAGCAAACUCCCCUCCUAAUGGACACACAAGCUCCAAGCCAUUGAUACCACAUGGCUCUACGACAUCAGACUCCCCAAAUAGGCCUACAAGUACAAAGCCAGAUGGUGUAGGCUCGACUGCUUCAGGUUCAACUGCCUCAAGCUCCACUCAUCCUGGACCUUCUGGCGAAAGCUCAACUUCAGACUCCUCAGACGAGUCAUCCAGUUCUCGACCUAAUGGCCCGGAUUCAACUGGCUCUAAUGCGUCAAGUACCAAGCCACUCAUCCCUAGUGGAUCUACGCCAUCAGGUUCUGCAGCUGGAACCUCAAGCUCUACCCCGGAAAACUCUGCAAGUAACUCAGCAUCAACAACUUCAACACCUCUUUCAGAUGACACGUCAACAACCGAUGGAACAUCCUCUAGUCAGCAGACAACCACCUCUGGGCAGACUCCUUCAAGUGGAGACCUAUAUUCCACCACGACGGGCCGUCCCAGUUCAAUACCGUCUGUGAAACCAUCUGAUCAGGUUUCCUCGGUGAAUUUGGCAUCCGAAUCCGCUAUAACAGAGGCCACGGGUAGCGAUACUGCUAUUGCCGUUUUUGCACCGACAGCAUCGCCGUCUCAGGAAGAAUGGGCAACCAUUCCGACUACCACCGAGACUGGAAGCGCAGCUACCACUAGCUCUGAUACUCCUAUUGCCAUUAUUCUGAGCAAUCCUUAUAACAAUAUCGAGGAUCUCAAGAAGGACCCGAAAAAAUAUAAAGACCACAUUGAAGAGAUUGACGAUAAAACUUCUGAAUAUCUCUCCAAAACAAAUUUCGACACAAGCAAAACCCCCUGCUCAGGCUCCAAGAAAAGAUCGUUGACAAAGAGAGGUCUUUUUGAUGCUGUUACCAGUAUCGCGAAAGAAGCUGUCGGCGCUACUGUGGAUACUGCUGCGGACAUCGCUAAUUCUGCGCUCAGCUGUGUGGCACCGAUUAUUAAAGACAUAAAAGAUGUGAUUCCUGACGAUGCCGACGGUAUAGAACCUGAGAUCGAGGAUCAGAUCAAGAAAGGAACCGAGUAUCUUGAUGAAAUCAGUAAUAUCGUGGAGAAUAUGGAGGAAAAGAAAAACGACCGACAUACAUCAGAAUCUCAAUCUGAUUCCUCAACUUCUGAAUCUCAAUCUGAUUCCUCAACAUCUGAAUCAACAACAGCUACUUGUACGUCAAGUACUACAUACUCUGAUUGUACCUGGGAUACAGUUGUCAGUCAAGUGCCUCACUCAGACACUACUACAAUUAGUAUAAUUACCAGUACUGAGUCAUGUACCACAAGAACCGCCUGUGAAGCUACCCCGACCACAUUUGAAACAACAUCCACGUUGAAAGCAUGUACUCGUCGUGCUAGAAGUUCAUCUAAACUCUCAACCGCAGCCACUGAUGACAGUGAUACCGCGACACCUGGCGCUGGUGGAUCUACAGCUUCAACUUCAACGGCGCCUAUGACAUCUCCUCCAGGAUCAUCAACCAAAACAACAACUUCUGACAGCUCCACUACCACCACAGGACCUGAAUGCAGAAUGAAUCAUAUUGUUAAUCGGAAGGCCGACGAGGAGUAUUGUGUUUUCGACUGCUCAGACUAUAGCGGUACCUGGAUGACUGCCAGUUCCACAUCCGGUCAGGAGGACUAUCAAUUGUGUCCCUACUCUCGACCUCCUGACCCGAGUCUGUCAUGGAAUCCAGAAAAUAAGGGCUCCUUUACUACGACAGCCGAAGAUGGCAUCGUCUACUCCUGUGGCGACUCUGGCUACCUUGACAAUAAUGCCGGAAACGCCAAGUCCUGUGUGACCUCGAUGGAAUCUAUUACUCAGAUUACCUCCAUAUAUACGGCAUACACUGCCUCCCUGGAAUCGGAAGCAUCCGAAUCGAGAUCCAGUGUCAGUGCUUCGAAAGCGAGUGCGUCGAGUGCUUCAGCGGCGUCGGCAGCAUCAGCGUCGGCGGCAUCAGCCGCUGCAGCUACCCCGAGUAGCUUUGUUUUCAUUUCCGAGAUAUCAAACAUCGGUUUUGACGCUGCGUCAAGUGGACCGCCUGGUUAUGCUGUUACCAGCAGUGAAUAUUACGACCCCUAUAUUUGUGAUCUUGAAACUAUUGGGUCGGAUAACAGUUUUGGAAACAGUCCACCGGAUCUUGACAUUGAUGGUGGGGAUUUCGAGGACUGCAAGUAUGACAGUGACAGUGACACCAUUGAGUGCGACAAUUUCAGUCUGCCCUGCAGCAGUGAUGAUGAAUAUACAGGAGAGCCUUCCACGAAAAAUUGUGACUCUACAGUGGUGCGUGUUUGUCAUCGUGACAUAUGA